AUGUACUUCAUGUUAUUGUCUUCAUACGUUUCCUCUGCUGUGUCUUCCACUCUUUAUUCCUCCUCUUGCCGGUUACAGGGACGGUUUCAUCUCAAUGGGAUGCACAAGGCUGGAGAUGUGGUUCUUGGUGGGCUGUUUAAAGUCCACUUCUUUUCUGUCUUUUCUGACAUGUCUUUUACCUCAGAGCCACAAGAGACUAUCUGCCAAGGUUUUGAUGUUCUAGGAUUCAGACAUGCUCAGACCAUGGCCUUUGCUGUUAAUGAGAUCAACAGAAACUCCAACCUGCUGCCUAACGUGACUCUGGGAUACAGUCUGUAUGAUAACUGCGUCAAACUAGGAAUUGGAUUCCGUGCAGCAUUGUCAUUAGUCAGCGGUCAAGGGGAGGAAUUUAUAUUAGAAGAGAGCUGUGUAGGAGCCCCUCCAGUCCUGGGGAUUGUGGGUGAUUCUUAUUCUCAACCUACUAUUGCUAUCUCCACUGUCUUAGGUUUGUACAGAGUGCCUAUGGUGAGUUAUUUUGCCACAUGUUCCUGCCUGAGUGACCGGCAAAAGUUUCCAUCCUUCUUCAGGACGAUCCCCAGUGAUGCUUUUCAGGUGCGUGCUAUGAUUCAGAUUCUAAAGCGGUUCGGCUGGACUUGGGCAGGUCUGCUGGUCAGUGAUGAUGACUAUGGACUCCAUGCUGCCCGAUCCUUCCAAUCUGAUCUGGCUCAGUCUGGUGGAGGUUGUCUAGCCUAUUUGGAGGUUUUGCCCUGGGGCAAUGACCCCACUGAGUUAAGCAGGAUUGUGGAUAUAAUGAAAAAAUCCACAGCUCGUGUGGUCAUCGUAUUUGCACAUGAGAGUCACAUGAUUUACCUCAUGGAAGAGGUGGUGAAGCAGAAUGUGACAGGCCGCCAGUGGAUUGCAAGUGAAGCCUGGACAGCAGGUGCUGUGCUUCAGACUCCUGAUCUCAUGCCGUACCUGGGUGGCACACUGGGCAUCGCCAUCCGUCGAGGAGAAAUACCAGGCCUCAAGGAUUUCCUAUUAAGAACACGUCCUGACCUACAUCACAACAACAGUUAUGGAAAUAACAUGAUAAAUCAGUUCUGGGAACACACAUUUCAGUGCCGAUUUGCACCACCUCCAGCAGGUUGGGUGGAAUCCGGGAGGGCAAUAUGCACUGGAGAUGAGGACCUAGAGAAUGUGGAGACUGAGCUUUUGGAUGUGUCUAACCUCAGGCCUGAGUACAAUAUUUACAAGGCGGUGUAUGCACUGGCAUAUGCCCUCGAUGACAUGCUGCAGUGUGUGCCAGAGAGAGGGCCUUUCAGCGGGCGCAGCUGUGCUUCUUUGCAAAGACUGGAGCCAUGGCAGCCACCCCGGUCAGUGUGCAGUGAGAGCUGUCCUCCAGGUACCCGUAAGGCAAGAAGGAAGGGCCAACCCGAGUGCUGUUUUGACUGCAUCCCUUGUUCAGACGGAAAGAUCAGCAAUAUGACUGACUCUACAGAGUGCACCGCUUGUCCAGAGGAUUUCUGGUCCAGCCCCCAGCGUGACCACUGUGCUCCGAAGAAAACGGAGUUUCUCUCCUACCAUGAGCCCCUGGGCAUCUGCUUGACCACCACAUCAUUGCUGGGCACAUUUAUCUGUGCUGUUGUCCUGGGGAUCUUCAUCCAUCAUCGCAGCACACCCAUGGUACGCGCCAACAAUUCAGAACUGAGUUUCCUGCUCUUAAUCUCUCUUAAACUAUGUUUUCUCUGCUCAUUGCUGUUCAUCGGCCGUCCCAGACUAUGGACAUGCCAACUGAGACAUGCAGCAUUUGGGAUCAGCUUUGUGCUUUGUGUCUCAUGUAUCCUGGUGAAAACCAUGGUGGUUCUGGCUGUGUUCAAGGCCUCCAAGCCAGGAGGUGGAGCCAGUCUGAAGUGGUUUGGUGCUAUGCAGCAGAGAGGGACAGUUCUGGGUCUCGCGUCUAUCCAGGCAGCAAUCUGCACUACGUGGCUUGUCUCCUCCUCACCAGCUCCUCAUAAAAACACUCAAUACCACAAUGACAAGAUAGUUUAUGAGUGUGUAGUAGGGUCCACAAUUGGUUUUGCAGUGUUGCUUGGUUAUAUUGGCUUACUGGCAAUCCUCAGCUUUCUGUUAGCUUUUCUGGCAAGGAAUCUUCCAGACAACUUUAAUGAGGCCAAACUCAUCACUUUCAGCAUGUUGAUUUUCUGUGCUGUGUGGGUGGCCUUUGUCCCUGCUUAUGUCAACUCCCCAGGCAAAUAUGCAGACGCAGUGGAGGUAUUUGCCAUCCUGGCCUCCAGUUUUGGCCUCUUGGUGGCACUUUUUGGACCCAAAUGUUACAUAAUCCUCCUGAGACCUGAGAGAAACACAAAGAAAGCUAUCAUGGGUCGAGGCACAACCAAGUGAUAAAAGUAGCACUUUAGCAGAGUAGCACAAAAUGUAUCAACCAAUUUGAUCUGGUCUAUAUUCUGAAUUUAGAAGU